UAGAUUCCCAGCUGGCACAUCAAAUCAGUCAGUUCAGCUUCAACUGUUCAACUGUAAGGUGCUCUUGUGAAUUUACAUUCUUUUUAUCCUGUCUCGACCAACUUAUCCGAGCUGGCAUUCUUACGUAAAUUUUCGGCAUUUGCGAAGAUGUCGCUGCCGCGUGUUUAUUUCGACAUAGCCGCAGGAAAUGAGAAGGUCGGACGGAUCGUGAUGGAGCUGCGAUCGGAUGUGGUGCCCAAGACGGCGGAGAACUUCCGGGCCCUGUGCACCGGAGAGAAGGGCUACGGCUACAAGGGCUCUCCCUUCCACCGGGUGAUCCCGAACUUCAUGUGCCAGGGCGGCGACUUCACCAACCAGAACGGAACUGGUGGACGCUCCAUCUACGGGAACAAGUUCCCCGAUGAGAAUUUCCAGCUGAAGCACUCGGGAGCCGGGGUUCUUUCGAUGGCCAAUGCCGGGCCCAAUACCAAUGGAUCGCAGUUCUUUAUCUGCACUGGCGAAACCAACUGGUUGGACAACAAGCACGUCGUGUUUGGCAAGGUCGUCGAGGGAAUGGAUGUCGUCAAAAAGGUGGAAUCGUAUGGGUCGAAGGAUGGGAAAACCAGCAAGAAGGUCAUCAUCGAAAACUGUGGUGCCCUCUAAAAGGGGAAACAUUUUCAAAUUGUCACUUCAACACCUGAUGCACCUGAUGCGAAGUUCAAGUUAAUGUUAAUAAUGACCAGUAAAAUAAAUGGUAGCAUGAAAAAGA